AUGUUUGGACUUAUUUUCUUUGCACUGUGCAUUCAACAAACUUCUGCUUGGAGUUUUGGAGGACAGGCAAUUUGUGAAGGUCGUGAGGACAACUUUGGCAUGACAGAAAUUGUGAGUAAUGCGGAGACUCUGUACUAAAAAAUCUGUCAAUUACGAACAAUCUCAGACGUCUAUCGAAUAAUCAUGCAUUGAAUUAAAAUUAUCGAUUUCAGGCGAGCAUUGACCUCCGUACAACGUGGCCUUUCUAUAACAAAAAGAAUUGUUUCUUGCAAUUCUUUUUUCAUGAUUUUUUUUGCAGCGAUCUUACUGUACAGGGUGUUUCAAGAAAUUUGGAACAAAUGACUUGCUUAUAUCUUUUUGUUCUUUGCAGCUAUCAACGAAUUUCUUUUUGCUUCUAAAAAUUGACAGCGUGCGUUUUUAGAAUCUCAAAAAAAAAUUUUUUUCGUCGGCGGAGGGCCCAUUUCUCGGCGGAGAAAAUUAGGGCCUUUUUUAAAAAUCACAGCGUAUUACGUGGCGGAAACGCCGUUGCAACGGCUGAAAUCAAGUUUACGUUACACCUCCGUCGAUUUUACGUUAUGCAUUUUUUUGUUUUCGAUUUUACGCGCACCGCGGAGGCGCGGCGGAAACUUCAGAUUUCGGCGGACGUUGUUUUGGGCCUUCGGCUGUUGCAAUUCAUGUUGGAAAAGAGGUUGGGGUGAUUUUUUGUUGUCAUCCGAUGCACAGAUGGCAAAAAUUUCGUGCUUUUUUUCUCCGGCGGAGGCUUUAUCAAAGGGUCAAAGCAGUCUUACGAGUCCGGGAAAAAUCUCAGCUACAAGAAUCCAACAGAGCAGUUGUCUUUCAAAGAUUUUUGAUUUUUUUGGUCCGGCGGAGAAAUCGGCGGAGUUUUGUUUUUUACCCUUUGAUAAAGCCUCCGCCGACUCCUCCGCCGGGGAUAAAAAGCACGAAAUUUUUGCCAUAUGUGCAUCGGAUGACAACAAAAAAUCACCCCAACCUCUUUUCCAACAUGAAUUGCAAAAGCCAAAGGACCAAAACAAAGUCCGCUGAAAUCUGAGGUCUCCGCCGCGCAUCCGCGGAAGUGCGUAAAAUCGAAAACGCAAAAAACGCAUACCGUAAAAUCGAUGGAGGUAUUACGUAAACUUGAUUUCAGCCGUUGCAACGGCGUUUCCGCCACGUAAUACGCUGUGAUUUUUAAAAAAGGCCCUAAUUUUCUCCGCCGAGAAAUGGGCCCUCCGCCGACGAAAAAAUUUUUUUUGAGAUUCUAAAAACGCACGCUGUCAAUUUUUAGAAGCAAAAAGAAAUUCGUUGAUAGCUGCAAAGAACAAAAAGAUAUAAGCAAAUCAUUUGUUCCAAAUUUCUUGAAACACCCUGUAUACAGUACUAUAAAUAUGGUUGUCAAAUAAAUUUCAGAUCAUGGAAGUCACAGCUGUUGGCAUUUUUUGGGAUAAUGAAUGCGGCAACUUUAUUAUUACGGCCAGUGGAAAAUUCUGGAAUAAAUGCGAUCCGGGAUGGCUUAGUCAUUGGAAUGAUGUGCGGAUCAGCUUGUACGUAAAAAUAAAAAUGUAUAAGGAACUUCUCUUCAACGAAACCCUAUAACGAAAACUAUAGAAUUCGCAAGGAUAAAUUUUGGAUCAAAGUAAAGUUCCAUACAACGGAUCUUUUUUAUAACGAAUACAUUUUCUGGAGUUUGCCAACCUUUUUUUAGAGGGUUGACAGUAUUAAAAUUGCGCUAAAAUAUUUCUUGGGCAUCAAUUCUUCUAUUUUUUUUUUCAAUUUCGUUCGUUUAGCUAUCACAAAUGCGAUGGAAAUUGCCGUGUUUUCUACAGCCUCCACAGUCCCUACGAUUUCGACAACUAUCACUUUGAAUUGUCGGGAAGAAACUUGUUGGCGAAUGAAAAGAAUUGCUCUCCCAAGUUUUAUCCCAACAAAACUGACAAAACUGAGGUUUAA